AUGGACCCAUUCGCUCAACUGCCCUCAGAACUGAACCAACAAAUCCUCGUUCAUAUCGCUGAUUUUGCCGCUGUCGAAAACCUCAUACCCGCAUCCUCUCACGUCCACGCUGUCUUCCGGGCUCAACCCUCCAUUGUACAUGACCUCAUCCUGGCAAACCCUAUUACCAGUUUCCCCGAGAUACAAAGACUGUGCUACAACAUCAGCCUUAUCCAUACCUCUCAUUACACAGAUUUUGCCCACAGCCAACAAGUGUAUGAGGGCACGCCAAAUCUGGAUUAUAGGGCAUCACUCGGCAUUAUCCACCUAGCUGCCGGAAUACAGCGCCUUGCCUGUGCAUGCCUAUCGCUUAUGCAGCAGAACUUUGCCUCUACCCUUACCCUUCGCAAAGCUGCAACGGGAAGCUGGAAUUGGCCUGCACAAUCAAUACAGGACCUAGACGCAUACAAUGUCUGGAAUAAAAUACCUAGCGGAAACGACGAGCAGGUCUGGACGAUUGCUGCCCUUCUGUCAGACCUAGGCCUCACCCCAUCCUAUGGGCACUACGCCGAGGAGCUGAAGAGAUCUCAGUGGUUCAAAAUGGACACGGAGGGAGCCGAGUCCUCCCACGCUGCCUGGGAAUUCCCCGAGGAAACACCAAUUCCUUUCUUCCACUCUUUCAAUCUGCCCUCCAGUGAGUCCAUGCCCAUCUGGUCUCCGCCGCCCAUACCCCCCGAAAACGAAGCAACAACAUCGACACGGUGGCUGCUUGCACCAAAAUGGCGCUCACGGGUACCAAUGCAUGUCAAGUACUUCCGAAACGAAAACCGGAUGGUCUCUCGAGCGCGUUGCCCUUCAUUGGGAUUGAGCCACUUCAGGCCCUGGCGCCGCCUGGGGCUCGUUAUUUGGGACUCAUGGCGAAUGUGCACUGUUGGACUGUGCUAUUUCCCCUCCAGGGGUCCAGGGCUUGAUCCGCCUAACCCAGACGGUAGCGUUCCGGAGGUGGGACACGAGAAACCGGAUCUUGGGCCGAGAUGGUUGGCGUUGGUCGGCCAGCUUCCAGGCGAAUGA